CAACGCCACCAUGUACGUUCGACAGGUAACGUUGUUAGUUUUUCUGUGCUGUAUCGUGGCUGCACUAGCGACGCCUGACGGUGGCGAUAGUCCGCCUUUGCCUGGCCCUGGUCUGUCAUAUGGAGGAAUCCCGUACGGCAGCAUGAGCGGCAACGUCGCCGAAUUCUUCAGACAACAGGCGGCACCUAGCGGCAGAAGUGCGUACCGCCAGCAGUUUACCAAUACGGCCGGUGUCGACUUCGCCCCGAUUGAGCAGUGGCUACGAUAGGUGGCACUAGUGGUUUAUAGAUUUUAAUUUGGGGAACCAAAGUGACAGUAGUGGUUAAAGGUAGUACUUAUUCCUCCUGUCCAAAUUCUUUGUUUUGUCAAUUUGAUUGUUCUUUAUCUUGCGUCUCACGUUUUGCUUAGUGAUAUAGUGAGAUGCACAGACAUUGGACCAAUAUAUUGAACAGAUGGAAUACCACCCUAAGCUAUGACUUAUUGUAGUCAGGAUCCCUCAAUUUUCUAAAAUAAAGAAUAAUCAGACACUGUGAUAAUAAAUGUAUAAUGCAUAAUUAUAAAAAUAAAAUAAUAUUUCGAAAAGCUUUCCAUUUUAAAGUCUUUUAUAAUUAUUUGUUGUUCACUUCCUUGACUUCAUUCCAGUGAAAAUGUCAAUCUUGUAUAAAUAAAAAAAAAUAGAAUAAGAAGAAUUUAGUUUUGCGUUCUAAUUAAAUACAGCUUAUAAGCUAUUACACUAGCAAAUAAACUUAAAUAUCUACUUAUUUAUUUAAAAAUGAAACAGACAAAAAAACUUUUAAAAAAGUAUUAGAAAGUAGAUACCUACUAAAGUAGUAUCCAGAAUAAUAAUAUAAUACGGUGACAAUGCUGACAUUUGACGGUGUACAGACACCUGCUGUAAUAUGUUAGGUAUUCUUCAAAGGCCGCAAAAAUAUGUGACACGCUCUUAUGGCUCCACAAAUAAGAUCGAGUCAGAUAUUUUUGCUGCCUUCGUUGUGUAACAUAUUAUUGCGGGUGACUGUACAAACUGCAACACUCCUACCUGUACAUCAGUGGAUUAUCUUAUUACAAAAGGCAUAAGGUCCACUGAUGUAUAGUAAACAGAGUGGGAGAUGGUACCUACCUAAAUUGAAAAAAAAUGCCAAUCAUAAAGAUUUCUUCAAUCUGUUUUCAGUCUACGUCAGUUAAUUCUGAGAUCCAAUUAAUAUCUUAAGAGUAGGUACGUACCUAUUUGUAAAACAUAUUUAACGUUGCCAUAUUAUAUGUAAAACGUUUUAUGAUUUAGAGAUACCUAAAAGUACAAAUAUAUUUACACUUUGGUCUCGUU